AUGUUCAAACGAUUCCUACCAACACCGGCACCUUCUAAUCCAAUUCUGAAUCAUGGGGAAACUUUAUUUGACCUAGAAGCUAGUUCUGGAAAUUCUAGUAAACAAUCUGAUUGUUCCAGUGAACAAAUUAAUAAAUCUGACAUACCUACAUUAAGAAGACGCCAUUCGUUUGUCACUACCUAUGCAGAGUCAGUACUAGAAGAGGAAAUUAAUAGAACUAAUGGAAAUGCGGAUUUGAGUAUAGAUCCUUUCGACAGUUCCAAUACUUUAAAACGAAGCAAAAGCUUAUCAUUUAAUCUUUCGAGACGCCCAAGUUUUUCUACUCUAAGAAAGAAGGUUCCAAAAUCAGUACAUUUCGAACCUCUGGAAGAAGUGAUUGAAGUGUCCAAGUAUAAUUCCAAGCCGACAGUUGUUCCUAUUUUAUAUGGUACUUCAGAGACUUUUGAAGGAAGGAGUAAAGAAAAGCCUUCAGUAUUUCGACCUAAUUUGGGGGAAAAGAGGGGUACUCAAAAUCAGUUAGGACAUAUACAGAUGAACGUACUUGGGUCUCAAGAAAGUGAGAUCCAACGAAGAUAUUCGUUGUUUUCGGAAGAAAGAAUUAUUUCAGAACUGGAAUUUGAAGAAUCUCAAGCCAGCCAGAAAGAGGUAUUAAGCGACAAUGUUUUAACAUCGGAAAGCAUAAGCAAUAGCCCCAUAACAAAUAUGGAGGAAUAUGAAGAAAGUGAAAAUGACAAUAGUUGCUUAUUCACAGAAUAUUCGCAAGAAAACAGAUACGACGAAAAUUCUAUUGAAAAUAAUAAAAAAGCAUAUGAUGAUAGUGAAAAAUCAGUCCAAGAAGACGAAGUAGUUAAUAAUAAUGAACGUCAAAUGAUGAGAGCUAUUGUGCAAAAUCUUGCGAAGAUUGGAAAUUAUGAACUAGAAGAUAUAGAAUAUGAGAUUGAUCAUUCCUCAUGGCAAGGGAUAUUGGAUUGUUCAGAAAAAGCGAAAGAUGCAAUUAGUGUAAAAGAUACAGAGAUAGCUCAAUUGGAAAAUCAACUCAAAGAAAAGGAUAAUGGAGAAUUUGAAAAAGUACAUAUUCUACAAGAAGAAUGUGUAAGAUUACAAAACGAACUUAAUAGCUGCAAAAUUGCGAAAGAACAAGUCUCAACAAAAUAUGAUCUGCUAGUAGGUCUAAAUAAUGAAUUAGAGAUGAACGAAAAGUGUCUUAGAAACGAUAUAAUGCAGUUAGAAACUGAUUUAUCAUCAUCUGUCUCCCGGUUACAAGUAGAAUGUGGCUCCAGAGAAGAAAUUUUUACUUUAAUCAAAAGAUAUGAUUGUGGCGAGGAAUUAUCAGAUAGUGUAGACGUUUUGAAAGACUAUAUUGAAGAGUUGUUCCUUAAGAAUGAAAGAGUUAUAAAGGAAAAUGAUUCUUUACUCGAGCAUCAGCUGCAGAUGAAGAAUGAAAUAACAUCCUUAGAAGAGAGUCUUAAAACUACCCUAGAUCUGGAACAGGAAACUUUGAAAUCAGUUACAGAUGAAAAUGAGAGAUUAAAAACCAACUUGGAAAAAUUGCAAUUGAAAUUGAAUGAUUCAGAUAUGAUUGCUAAAGAGAAAAUGAAUGAACAAAUUAAAAUCCUUGCCGAAAAAGACCUACAAAUAUCUAAGUUUAAGUCGCAGGUUGUUUUCUUGAAAGAAGAAAAAGAGUACUCACAAGCCAAGCUUUCCGAGUACCUUGCGGACGUAGAAGAAGCUAACAAGCAAAUAAAAGAAGAACUAGUUUUUAGGAACCAAAUGGAAAAGGUUUACAACGAGUUGAAGACGAGAAUGAAAGAAACUGAAAGCCUACUACACAAGGAAGUAAAGGUUGCAAAUGAUCAAUUAAUUAUAAAGCAGUCUGAACUUACAGAACUUAGUGAUAUUAACUCGAAGAUAAAACAAGAAAUGGUUACAAUACUGGAAGAAUUAAAAAGCAUUAAGGAUGAAAAGAAAACGCUUGUUGUGGAAAACCAAAAAUACGUACGAGGCAACGCAGAAUAUAAGCUCAAUUUAAAUUUGUUGCAAGAGCAUAUAAAGAAAUCAAAUAAAAAUGUGGAUAUAAUGUCUAAAGAAUACCUCAUGGUUUUGAAAUCUAAUGAAAUAAUCUCAAAUGCGAUAAAAAGGUUUGCAGUGGCCACCUUUCAAUCAUUGGAACCUGUCAUGUACGAAGAAUCUAGGGAAUAUUUCAGAAAAAUUUACAGUGAUCUUUUGCAACAAACAUUGUUUUCACAAGGAAAAGUAAGUACCAUCGAGUCUGUUUCUCAAUUCAUUACUCGAUGUAUUUCAGAUAUCGUAUGUCAAUAUUUGGAAAACGAAACAUUAUUACAGUCAGAAGUUGAGAAUAGAAAUAAUAACUAUCAAAGGAUGCUAGAUAAGUUAACAAAGAUCAUGGAAGAUAAUAUACUGAAUGCGUACAACUCAAAGGAGAAUAUAAAUGAUAUUGGGAUAACAAGAAAAUUACAAUCCAAAAAUAAAAUGGGUAUGGAAAGUCAUAGACGUGGGAUAGUUUAUAAGAAUCCGAAUCAAUAA